ACAUGGAUUUCGAAACCGCCACCCAAAAAGCCAAAUCCUUUACCAAGACUCCUCCAAAUGAUGUCUUCUUGGAAUUCUACGGUCUCUUCAAGCAAGCCACCGCUGGCGAUUGCAACGUCGACAAGCCCAGCGCUAUUGAUGUUAAGGGUUCAGCCAAAUGGAAUGCCUGGAACGCCAACAAGGGCAUGAGCCAAGAUGCCGCUAAGGCUGCCUAUGUUGCUGCCUACGAAAAGUACGCUCCCCUCUAUGCUUAAAUUCGAUAUUUGUGAU